UAACAACCCAACACUCACACAACAUCAAAGUGCUAAACUAAACAUAGUAUACUACCUCCCUCACUAAAAGACAAUGCACAACUCAUCUUCAUCUCUCUAUAAACUACCAUCUCUCUUUCCCUCUCUUCAUCUCAUUCACACAAUCAAACACUCUUUCUUCUUCCAUGUUCUACAAUGGAGAUCCAAAGAAUGAAACAAUUCACACUCUUAUGGUGUAGAACCCGAAGCAACCGUGUUGCUCUUGUGGGUGGAAACCACACCGCUUCCAGAUUUUGCAGUCGCUAAAUGUUUCUCAAAAGGGUCCCAUUCUGUUCAACAUGAAGAAGAAGCAUUUUCAUGGUGGAACAAGAAUUGCUUUGAAUCCUCAUAAUUCUAUUGUUAUCAGGAUUCCUGAUACUAAGGUUUUACGCAUUUUGUCUCGAUCAUUGUUCUUGGUUAUGGUUCUUGUCGCAUUGCCUUUCAUAGGUAACAUUCUUAAUGGAUUCUCUUUCACACUGAGUUCCCAUUCAUUUGUUGUUUCCAAAAUUGAAUUCUUACAUGAUAUGGCUGAGAAAGGAAUCUACAGAAACGAUGAUAAGGCUCUCAUUGUAAGCAGUCCUCCCUAUAGCUUUGGAUUUGAGGGUAUUGAUGUGGUCAUGGAUAAUGAUUAUGAGAGAAAGAGUUUGUUUCUUGAUGAGUCCUAUGAUUUUGUUUUUACAUCAAACUCUAGUGAUGUCGAAUUUGUAGAUCGGAUUGUAAAAAUUGGUGGUAUUGUGGUGAUGCUGAAUUCUUUGAGAGAUAAACCAUCAAAGUGUGCUUUUAAAGAACAAUUACAUUAUAGAGUUGUUUACCUUAGAAGUUAUGGAAGUUCUAUGAUUGUAGCAUUGAGGAAAACUAGCUCGGCAAUUAAACACCAAUAUGGAACUUGAGUUGUGUUUGUUUUGGUUGUGUACUUAGAAGAAGUGCAUCAUGUGUCACUAAUGGCGCACGUUUGUAUUCAUUUUCCAUGUUGUGCUAGUAUGAUAUGAUAUGAUGAUGAUGAUAACACUAUAAAUAAGCUCAUCAGCACAUACGAUAUUGUUGAGCUAGAUAUUUUGUAUAUGAAUUUUAUUUAGUUAUUAUCAAUCCUUUGAUAUGAUAUAUUUUUAUGGCGAUUGAAUUAA